UUCCGACGUCGUUUGGUCAAUCCGGUCGGCGACGGGACGACCAAAACCAGAGCCUUCACCUUCUUUCUUAUUUAAACAAACUCCAUUUCUGCUCUCUUCCUCACAACUUCCCCUGUUUCCAUUUCCCAGCCAUGGCCUCCGACGGCUCCACCGCCGUAUCUAACCUCGCAAAUGCCAAGGCCAUUCUCACCACCGUCGCUUCCUUUGCCGCCACCAUCGUCCUUGCUCGCUCCGUCGCCGACGACUUAUUCCCUUCCGAACUCCGUGAAUACUUAUACGACAGAGCUCGAAGCAUCUUCGGCCGAUUCUCCUCCCAACUCACCAUGGUCAUCGGCGAAAUGGACGGUUUCAGCCCCAACCAAAUCUACGAAGCUGCCCAUAUCUAUUUAGCCACCAAAAUCCCUCCCUCAACUAAAAUACUCAAAGUCACAAAGCUCGAGAAGGAAGACAACAUCACCACCGCCAUGGAAAGCCACCAGGAAGUAAUCGACACCUUCAACGGCGUUCAAUUCAACUGGUUCUUCCUCUGCCAAGAAAACCGGCGGCGCGAUUUCGACAACCCUCGUUCCUCCUACACCACCAUCGACCGAUCCUUCCAGCUCUGUUUUCACUAUAAACACAAAGAAAUGGUCCUCAAAUCGUAUCUCCCCCAUAUUCUCCUCCAGGCCAAAGAAUUGAAGCAGCAAUUCAAAACCCUCAAGAUCUUCGCCGCCGACUACCCGAAUGUCGAAUACGGCAGCAUAUCGGAGAUGUGGAUUCCGACGAAUCUCGAUCACCCGGCCACGUUCGAGAAGCUCGCAAUGGACUCUGAAAUCAAGGAUUUCAUUCUGAAUGACCUUGAACGGUUUGUGAAGAGGAAGGAGUUUUACAGAAAGGUGGGUAAAGCUUGGAAGAGAGGGUAUUUGCUGUACGGACCACCGGGAACAGGGAAAUCGAGCUUAAUCGCAUCAAUGGCGAAUUACCUGAAAUUUGAUGUUUAUGAUUUGGAAUUAACGGCGCUGGAAUCCAAUUCAGGUCUUAAGAAAUUACUUAUGGGUAUUUCGAAUCGUUCGAUUUUAGUGGUGGAGGAUAUUGAUUGUUCGAUUCAGUUUCAUGAUCGGAUGUCGGAAACGGAAGAAGAUGAUGAAACAUCGUCGCCGCCGAGAAGAAAACAAGUGACGUUGUCGGGUUUGUUGAAUUUCAUUGACGGGUUGUGGUCGAGCUGUGGCGAUGAGAGGAUUAUAAUAUUCACGACGAACCAUAAAGAGAAGCUGGAUCCGGCGUUACUCCGGCCGGGAAGAAUGGAUGUUCAUGUUCAUAUGUCGUAUUGCAGCCCUUGUGGAUUUAGGGUUUUGGCUUCCAAUUAUCUUGGAAUUGAGAACCAUAAAUUGUUUGGGGAAAUUGAGGAACGGAUUUCGAGUACCAAAGUGACUCCGGCGGAGGUGGCGGAGCAGCUGCUGAAGAACGACGACGGUGACAGAGCAUUGACGGAAUUGAUUGAAUUUCUUGAAGCCAAAAAGAGGGAAAAUGAAGAAUCCGAGGCUAAACUCCGUCAAGCUGAACUGGAAGCCGUAGAAAAAGAGAAGAAAACGGAAAAGAAAGGAGAAGAAAAUGGUACCGUCUCUCCAUUAUCACAGACUACCACUCUUUCUUCUGAUCCCUCACCGGCGUGACGACGACGACAAUAGCAUUUUUACUAAUUUACCCCUCGCUACAAAACAAACUAAUUCUAAUGUAUUUUUAUUUAUUUAUUUAUA